CUUAUAUAAACAGAAAUCAUUAAUAAAUGUUUGUUGUUCAAUAUUUUAAAAAAAUACUGAAAAGAUAUUAAAAUGAACGAAAUCCUGAAUAAAAUCGAACUAUUACAAUUGUAUAACCUUAGUGAAGAUUGGGUGAAAGCAAUAUUUAAUUCAGAAUUUCUUGAAUUUGAAGAAUUACCAGCAGAAUAUGAAAAUACAUUUCAAGAUUUCGAAUACCAAAACGUUUGUCUCGAGAUAAUGCAAUCUAUAGAUUCUUGGAUGGACUCAGACACAACCAAUAACGAGGAAAAGUCAUGGGCUAAACUUUCGCACGAAAUACAACAUGAAAAACUUUUAGCAAUUCUCGCUUACUAUAUUGACUAUGGAAAUAAAAACGUUAUAAAUAAUGAGUCUCGUUAUAAUGCAUUGUUGUCCUCACGUUUAUAUUAUAAACUACUUACUAUUCCUGGAUAUAAAGCCUAUCACAUAUAUCAUUCUCAACUGUUUGUAAAUUCAUUGGUUUGUUUGAGUUUUCCUAAAAAAUUAUGUGAAAAUGAAGAAAAUUUUUUUAACAUUCGUGAAUUGACUCGUGAAGUCAAUGAUACGUUAAAAUCCUUACAAGAAUUUGCUAAUGAUCUGAGUAUAGUUAUUAAAACUUUACAAUUAAAACCAAACAAUAUGAAUUUUGAAGACAUAUUGAGUAAUUUAGUUGACAUUACUGGUGGAGCUAUUGUUAAAAAAUUGAAUGUAGAUAAGGUUCAGUUAGGAAAUUUAUCUGCAAGUAUUUACAACAUGAUCGACAUCUUAGUUUGUGAUUCAAAAGGGAGUCCUAGUCCAGAAGCUGUGCAGGUCCUUUUCAAAUGUCUUCUACCUAAACUUGUGGUAGCAUCUACUGAUUCUCGGAACAGUAAUAAUAUUGUCAGAGCAUCAUAUGUAACAUAUUCAGCAUUACUUCUAAGUAAAUUUGGUAAAGCUGCGUUACCAGGUUAUGUAAUUCUACUUCAACAUCUGUGCUAUACAUUAGAUGGAUUGGAGCGUGCCGAAGUCCGUACCGCUCGUAUGUCUCUCGUUCUCGGUCUGAUGAGUCUUCUGCCCAAAAGGUCCUAUAAGGAUUUCAUAAAAUGGAUUCUUAAAUUGUCAACAACAUCAAAAGUAUCACAUAGACAAAUAGCUGUGGAAAUAUUAAGUAAACUUUUAAGUAAUGAUCCUGAGGAAUCAGUUGCAAAUGAAAGUUUAUUGGAAAAUCAAAGCAGAAGUGAUGCAGAUUCUGGUAUACAGGAUUCCAGCGUGUUGACAACUGACACAGAAGAAGUCUCCGCAGUAGUUCCAAACACUGUUCAAAUUGUUACUAAUGGAGAAAUAAAUAAUGAAGAUCACAAUUCAUCCAAGCAGCAGGAGCAAGAUGCACUGUUAGAGGAGGAGUUAAGCAAAGUGCUGCAGGCGCGCACGCACACCGCACCGCAUGCGGCCAUCGUGCGCGCGCUCUACGACCGCGUGUACGACGUGUCGAGCACGGUGCGUAUGCGCGCGCUCGCCGUGCUCACAGACUGCGUCGACAGUACGCAUCCACCUGUACAGGACGCUAUUAAGAAAUUGAACGGUACAUGCGAAGUGUCGCGGCUGGCAGCGCUGGCGGGGCGCUGCGUGUGCGACGAGCGCGCGGUGGUGCGCCGCGCGGCCGCUGCGCUUGCGCACCGUCUCCUCGCCGUCGCGCACACGCACACGCCCAACGACCUCGCCGUUCUUAUAAGCCUAUGCCGCGACGCGAGUAUAAUAGUUCGGUCGACGGCCAUUACUGCGUUGGGCGAGCUGGUGACGCAGAUGCCGAGCGACGAGCUGCUGGAUGCUUUCCUGACCGGGCCCAUGCACCAGCUCUCCGAUCCUGAGCCUAAGGUACAAGAUCAAGUAUUGACCCAAAUCCAGCAAAUCUUGUUCGAUCGGAUGCGCACGCACAGCGCCAUAGCAAACGAGGACCCGCUGCCCUGGAUGUUCCUCGCGGCCAUCGUGCGCAAGAACAUGCGCCGACACUUGCAGAAGGCUUGCACGCUACUGCAUAAAGCAUCAAAAUGCAUAACCGACCGACUGAUAGAGAUAUUAAGAUCUCACCUGGGCAGUGUGAGCGCGUCACGUGACCUGCAGUGCCUGGCGCUGCUCACCUGCGUCGCCAGGCACCUCCACUGCGAACAACUUCACUUCCUCCUGCAAUACUUCUACAAGCUAGAACAUGAUGUACAGAAAGCGGAUAUCCGUAUCGUGGCUAUGACAUUGGAAAUGCUUACACUGUGGUCGCGCUGGCUGAGUGCGACGGACCGCGAGGCGCUCCGGCAACAUCUGCUGCAGAAGCUGGCCGCCGCAUCCACUGAAGACGAUGGUUGCAGACCCGACCGUGUCAAUCUAGCGGCACACCUAGACCCAAAUAAUUUAGAAUGGGCGUCACAUCUUAUGAAAAUCGCGGAGACGCGCGCUGCGGGCGGCGGCGCGGGCGCAGUGGCGGAGUGCGUGCGCGCGGCUGACCUGGCGCUGGUGGCGCCCGACCCGCCCUCGCCAGACCUGCUGCACUCGCUGCUGCAGCGCAUUCAACACCCCGCAUCAUGCGAGGGCGAUGGAGAUGGCGCGGGCGCGGGCGAGGGCGAGGGCGCGGGCGCUGGCGCGGGCGAGGGCGCUGGCGAAGGCGCGGGCGCGGGCGAAGGCGGCGAGGUGAGCGUGGUGGGUGAGGGGUGCGGGGUACAGGAGGUGAGCGCGUGUGUGGUGGGGGCGGGGAGGGUGUGCCUGCGGUCGCGUGCCGCCGCCGCCUCCGCCGCGCCGCCGCUUGCAGCACUGCUGCGCGACGCGCGCGCCCCUCUGCCCGCUCGCCUUAACGCACUGCUCGCACUCACUGACAUAUGCAUCAGGUAUGCUUGUAUCGUGGAGCCGCUGCUGGGGUCGAUCAGUCAGUGUGUGGACAUCGGCACGGCGCCCCCGCUACGCCGCGCCGCCGCACGCGCCCUCACGCGUCUCCUGUUGGCAGGCUACCUGCGCCUGCGCACGCCGCUAUACUACCGUUACUGCGCGCUGCUGGCGGACGAGGAGCACGACGUGCGCGAGCCGGCCGAGUACUACGUAAGCAGUUGCCUCACCACAGACCACAUCUACCAUCACUUCGUCGACUGUCUGCUUUACUACAACAGCGAUGAAGGCGGUGGGCUGUCGUUUGACGCGCGGCAGUUGAUCUACGACGUGAUGCUGCAGCGGCUGUCGGCGGUGCAGAAGCUGAACGUGCAGUGCCGCGUGGCGCGCGAGGUGCUGCAGCACGCCGCCGACCUGUGCGACGAGAGUGACACUCUGCCCGACACGUUGCACGCUGCACUGCUUGAUACUAUCACGCUGCUCUGCGGACCCAGGAUGAAGUUACCCAAAAAACCACAGACUACAGGUGAUAUAGCGGACAUAGACGACCUAACCGAGAGAGUUACAAGCAAUAUAGUUUCCUAUAAAAUGAAGCGCACUGUGGCGGAGGUGCUGGUGCCCGCUGUGCUGCGGCUGUACGCGCACAUGCGCCCGCGCGGCGGACAGCUCGCCGCGUACCUCGUGCGCAUCGCCACCGACCUGCUCACAGACUACCGGCAAGAGAUCGAGGAGUUAAUCCAGCUGGACGAGGAGCUGGUGCAGCGUAUCCGGCAGUUCCAGGAGACGAUCGGGCUAGAGCUGUCGUUCGGCAAUGCACGCAACCUGGUGACCUCUUCGGCGCCGCCCGACCCCGACACGCCGCGUGCACCGCGCAAGCGCCCCGCCCACCGUCACCACGACCCACAUCCCCACCCCAAGCGCGCGCUCCGGAUAUAGACGUAGCGCCCCGCCUACACGCUCCACAGGCCCCACCCGCACCUCAAGGGCGCCACGCCCACGAGCCACACCCCACCCUAUGAUAAUAUAUAGCGGCAUUUGUAUAUUAAAGAUUUAUAAACUAUCCAUAUAAAUGUAUGUUAGUCCUAACAUUAUACUAAAAUAAUUCUAAGCUAUAAAACAUGUAAUUUGUAAUCUUAUAC